AACUCCCCUAAGAGAGCCCUAGCAGAACAGAGGAGUCAGGAGUGGGGAAAAUGGAAGACGAGGAUCGCGACAGAUUGCUUGAGAGAGAGCGACACCAAAUUCAACAGAUUCGCCAACUCGAUCUCGAAGAGCUUGAAGUCGAAGAAGUAGAUGACCACCCCUCCUCCGAGUCCGAUGACGACGGCGCCGACGCUGACGACGGCGAACCCGACCCUACCUAUUUCGCAGUUGACUCAUCCGGUGUAUUCACUUUCAAUACCUCUGUAGCUUCGUUGCAUACAUAUCUUGGUGAUGUUGAAGACACACGCCACAGGGCUGCUUUCUUCGAUGGCGGUACCGUAUUGAACGUUCCGCUGUUUUGUCUCCCAGGAGUUGUACUCUUUCCUGGGGCUACACUUCCCCUUAGAGUUAUUGAGGCCCACUUUGUGGCUGCUAUUGAUAGAGCUUUGAGUCAAGUUGACGUUCCUCUCACAAUUGGUGUGAUUCGGAUUCACAGGGACACUCCAAAUCGGAGGAUGAAAUCAGCAACCAUUGGGACAACUGCUGAGAUUCGACAAUACGGGCGUCUAGAGAAUGGUUCACUGAAUGUGGUUACUCGUGGACAACAACGAUUUCGCCUAAGACGGUGUUGGGUUGACGUGGAAGGAGUGCCUUAUGGAGAGGUCCAAAUUAUUGAGGAAGAUGUACCAUUGAGAACUCCUAGGGAUGCUUUUGACCAAGUACCCUCAUCAAGUAAUAUGUCCUGUAGCCACGCCGUCUUACAUACACCAUCUUCAAAACAUUCUCAUGUCAAAAUGGAAGAGUUAAAAAAUGGUGAAAGUGAUUCUGAAGCAAAUUCAGAUGGGAGUUUCGAGAGGGAGCUUUCACAAAUGGAACGAAAAAUCCACCUAUCAGUCAUUGGCUCCAGUCAUGUGUGUGAUAUGAUGGAUGAAUCAGCAAGCAGCAGUGAUGUUAAACUCAUGAAUAAGUCAGAUCAGGAAAUUAGAUCCAAUCAGGAUUUGAGCAUUGGGAACUGUUCCACUUCUGGAAAGCAGUCAUCGAAAGAAGAGCUUAAUAGAUGCUAUAAAAAUGUAUAUAACCGCCCAUCACAUAAAAUUUCAAAAACAUUCUUGCCCCACUGGGUAUAUAGAAUGUAUGACUCCUAUUGGCUUGCACAAAGGGCUGCAGAUAUGUGGAAGCGAAUCGUUGGGGUGCCUAGCAUGGACAGUCUCAUUAAGACGCCUGAUAUUUUAUCAUUUCAUAUCGCCAGUAAAAUACCUAUGUCUGAAUCUACAAGGCAGGAGCUUUUGGAAAUUGAUGGCAUUGCUUAUAGGUUACGCAGGGAAAUUGAAUUGUUAGAGAGCAUUGAUGUUAUCCGAUGUAAAAGCUGCCUAACUGUAAUUGCAAAAAGAAGUGAUAUGUUGGUGAUGUCAAGUGAGGGACCUCUUGGCGCCUAUGUAAAUCCAGGUGGUUAUGUGCAUGAGAUAAUGACCCUUUACAAGGCCAAUGGCUUAGCUCUCCUUGGACCACCAGUGACAGAAUACAGUUGGUUUCCUGGGUAUGCAUGGACAAUAGCCACCUGUGCCACAUGUAAAAUCCAAAUGGGGUGGCUUUUUACAGCCACAAACAAAAAGAUGAGACCAAACUCAUUUUGGGGGAUUAGGAGCUGUCAAGUUGCAGAACAAAAACGGCAAAACCUUUAAUUCUGCUAAUGUGUCGUGGCCAUAUAGUUACAAUUUUGAUAUGUAUACAUUCAUCUAUCAUUCUAUCUUGAGCUGAGCUCAGUAUGGAAACCCAUUUCAUGAAGCACUAUAUGUUGCUAUUGUUAUGUAUAUUAUAGUGUUCUUGUAGCUAUGCCCAUGGUAUAUAACAAAAUGGAAAAUGUUUUGUUCACACAUUUCCACCAUAUACCCUAAGAGACAGAUAAAUAGAAGAGAAAAAUGAGUGAUGUGAUAGAAAUGUAAGGGAGUUAUGAUCAAUUGAAAAGGUUCUUUUGUAUUGCUGAUAAUAAUGAGUUUAUUGGCUGAUUAUGAUGAAAA